AUGCUCCAGUUUCUUAAGAAGAUUGGACACAAGGACAAGUCCGGAUUGCUAGAAACUUCACCCGCGAGAUCGACAGGCUCAGGGAGCCUCUUGACAGAUGCAUUCAACGGCGGCACGUCGUCCAUUCAAACGCCCUCGGGUGUACUGUGCAGUCUUGAGGAAGAAGAGGAGGAAGAAGUUCUCGGCGACGACGCCUUCGGCUCACGGCUGUCCAAAACUCUGCCGGAAGUACUUACGGACAAGAGUGCCCUCGGCUAUUUCAUUCAGUUUAUGGACACCAGGAAGCACGUGGCCCUCAUAAAAUUCUGGCUGGAGGUGGAGUGCUUGUGCAGCGCGUCUGGCGUGCCCGACGCGGCGGAGAGGGCCGGACGUUCAAAUCAAAAGGAGCUAUUAGACGCUUUGCCUACUUCCCUAGACGAUAACGAAAACCUUAGUUGCAACGUACUCGCUAACGAUGUAGAUAUUCGAACGAGCAGCGAGUUACGGCUCGAUGAACACGCGGACGGUAGCGACGACAGGUGCGCGACGUCCGUGUCGAAUAGUAUGCCAAAGACUAGUCAGGCGGUAGGCGAGACGCGACAAUCGAGUCACGCUUGCGGCAGGAGGAGACACGACAUGACGACAACCAGGCAGGAUGCUGCGAGGGUUUAUAAGAAGUACGUACUCAAGGAGGCUCUCGGUAUCAGUCAAAUACCUGAAGCAUUGAGGCUGGAGAUGGAGAAGGCCGUAGCGCAGGAAAACAUUGAGCCUAUAUUACGGUGCCUAUCUGCUGUUCGAAGCAUAGUAUACGAUAUAUUAGAGAACGAGUAUAUUAACGAUUUUCUACGAAGCGAAUUUCACUGCAAGCAUCAGAUCGAUGUGCUGACCAGUGGCAAUGUACAGCUAAUGGAUAUAUUGUAUAAUGAGACAGCGUUCUUUUACUUCAUGGAGUUCAUGGAACUCGAGAAUAAACGGGAGCUGCUGGAUUUCUGGAUGUCGGCCAUGAGUUACAAGCAGAAUCUCUUGGAGAAGAAAGGUGCGGCCGACCCCGAGGAGGCGCAGUCCGAUGCCGUUGUUAUCUACGAAAAGUAUUUUAGCUUGCAAGCGACGAUGCCCCUCGGAUUCAGCGACAAGAUUCGCUUUCACGUGGAGCAGAACAUUUGUCGCGAGGACGAGAGAGGCCCGCAGCCCGAUUGUUUCGAUAAACCCAGCAAAAUUGUAUAUAAUUUUCUCAACAAGCAUUAUCUCCCGGCGUUCUUAUCGUCGCAACUGUAUUACAAAUACUUAUCGGAGUUAAUCAGCACGAUCCAGAGCAGUCCGUGUCCAAGUGUACAUCCCAAGAUAAGGAGAACAGGUUCAGAUUGCAGCAGCGAAGUGAGCUCCGUGUGCACUAGUAUGCCAAGUAUUUCUCAAAUCGGAAAUAAUGGCAGCAAAUUACCCAACAACAAAAAGAGCAUCAACAGUCAUUUAAAUAUCGAUACCAAGCAACUAUACGAUCCGGAUUCUUUAUGGCGGCGUAACAAGUAUAGAUUAAGCAUCGGUUACAUUGACAACUUAGGUAGAUUUAUUACUGAAAUAGAGCCAGAUCCUCAUAGGAAAUACGAAUCUCGCUUGACUCGGGCUGUAAAACGAUUUGUAAAUAUAGAACAAGAUAAGGCUAAGGAAGAGUUAGCAUGGAGGAUCGCUGAGAUGAUCGUUCGUGAAAUCACGUCCUUGACACUCGGGGCUACGAAUCUUCCUUCUUGAUGGUGGAAAUUUGACAUGACGGUUCUUAAGUUCUCCACAAGUAUAUUUCAUGUGUUUGUGUAAGUAAAAAAUGCCUCGUCGUUUUGUUUCGAAGCACAAUACCGCUGCACACUUUGCCAAAGUGCCAAAUUUCAAUCGAUCAUUCCUUGGUGGAAACAUAUUUACCGUAUUUCGAACGAAACAAGCGAAUUUGCAAGACACAAUUACUGACGGAAGUAUCCUCGUGCACUCAUCUUAUAUUUUUAUAUUUCGAAAUCGUUACUCGAGUACACUUUGCGUAACCGAUGAAAUAGAAAUCUGAAGUUUUUGUAAUUAUGAAUGUCGUAGGAACAUACAAACUCGUGUAAAUAAUUUUACUAGAAAUGAAAAUUAACAUAUAUUUUAAUAGGUUUUACAAUCUGUUGAGUGAAACACAAUUUAUAAAGAUCUAAAGGCAGCAUCCUUGCUAUUUCUCGCAUAGCUAUUAAGAUUGUUUUUUCCUGUUCUGUUAAUUUAUUUUAAAAAAUACUCAACGAUCGAAGCAUCGAAAAACAAUAAUUUACACGGAAUUUCUUCAUCGAUCAUUAUCAAUUACAAUUCUCGCCCAAAGCGAGAGGACCUAAAAAUGUUCUUAUCGCCUUGUUGCACUCGGUAUGACUGAUUUUCUUUUUCUUUAAUUUUUCGGUAAAGCAAAUUUAUGGAACAAACUUAUCAAAAUUCAUACAUAUCCCAUAGAAUAAUUUAUUCCAUUGAUUACUUUCAUUGUUAUUUUUGUUUUAAAUCGUCUUGUCAGUCGCACUAUUCUCAGUUAUCUUGAUACAUAUAAAUUCAGUUCCAUUUGCGCUAUUUUUCUCGCUCUCGAUGAAAAUUGCUGAUAUUGACAGAUAUUGACAAAUUCUUAAGGCGUAAGAUUUUGUACUUUUUUUCACAUUGCCGAUUUGUAUAACGAUAUAUUUGGUGUUAAACUAGAAUAAUGACGUAUAUGUGUAUGUAUGUACAAUGAUACAUGUGACCGCUGUUGAUCGUGAUAUUAUGAUAUAGAAAAAGAUAUAUUUUAACAGUAUUUAGUAUAACACAUAUAAUAUUAAGUA